GGCACAAAAUGCUUUUUAUUCAGUAACAAGCUCAUUGAGGAGCUGACAAACCCUCCAGAGCCUCUGCAGUCACUCACUCUCAGUCAGUGUGUGGCUCUGUGCGCACAGUUUAUUUCUGCGGACUGCUACUUCUGACUCUUAAUAUCCACGUAAAGACACAUCUAAAUAAGUGCAUCUGUCUUUGGCACUUUGGACUUUCUGGAUUUGCCUGUUAAACCUGCACUUAUCUGGUCUUCUCCUGGUCAUCGCUGUCAGACUUCCCCGGGCUUUUCCUAAAGGCUCUGGGUUUUCCUGGUGAUGACCUCACUGCUGUUCCCUGGCAACGCCCACGCUGCAAUGAAGGACCUCUCCUCUUCUUCAUCUCCUCUUACCUCCCUGCUCCACUACCCAUCCUCCAAAGCCGCCACUGUGCCCUUCUCCCCGUCCCCGGGCCACGUCGCCUCGCCCGGAUCAUCGCUGACGUCUGUCUCCAAAACACAGCCCUUCUGCCUCCAGACAGGGCCGCAUCUCAUCGCCAGCAUGCAGCUACAGAAGCUCAACUCCCACUACCAGAACCUUGCGGGAGCAUCUGCCGGACAUCAGACAGCCGGUGGAACUCAAAGAGGGUACACCACCUCGCCGCUGGGCACAGGCAGCCAGAUCCUGGGACCCUCUGCGGGUCUUGGAGGAGGUGGGAUGGGUGUCGGCAUCACUGUGGGCAACCAGGGCUCAGGGGCAGGAGGAAUUAUCGACUUUGACCCUGUGGACGAGGAGGUUCUCAUGUCUCUGGUGGUGGAACUGGGUUUGGACCGGGCCAAUGAGCUUCCAGAACUGUGGCUGGGCCAGAACGAGUUCGACUUCAUGUCAGACGUGCCUGCCGGAUGCUGACCUCCAAAACCAAAAUGUCCAGAUGCAAGAAUUGGUUGACAAAGAGAGAGAAGACUUCUCUUCUCUGUUUUGUUUUUCUCUUUUCUCCCUUUCUUGGUUGAUAAAAUGAGGAAACAGAAGAGACACUUGGUGAUCAGGAGAAAGGAGACUUCACCUUUGCUUUUUUGCUCUCUUCGGGAAGAGAGACACAUGAAGGAAAAAAAUAACUUUUGCUUUUGGAGACGUAGAAACAGAUUGAACUUCUUCUAUUUGAUUCAGUCAGCACAUUUUUCUUUUCUUGAAUGGUGUUUUUAAGAAGUCUUUUUGUGUUGCCUCUUGCUUCACCACUUAAAAUGUUUUGCUUUCAUUUAAUGAAGGAAAAAGAGACAUGAGCAGAACAGAAACAUGAGCUCAUUCUUAUCACUGCCGCACAGGUUUAAUGAAAACAAGGUGAUUGACACGAGAGACGUUUGAGCCAGCCUCUUGGAAACAAAACGACACUGACACACCUGUUUUCCUCAGCCCCUCUUUCUUCACAGUUCUGUUCUGUUGAUGCCUAAGAAAAAUGAGCAUGGAAUACGUGACUUUAUGGGAGAUUUGCAAAGGAUGACAAACCUUAAGUUUCCUGUUUUCUUAAUGGACAAUAUUAGACUCUCGGUCUCACGGGAAAGAGACUCCUGUCUCUUGGCCUCACAAAGAAACUGAUUGUCUGGGAACUUAUCUCAAUGUACUUGUCUUUCUUUCUUUUUUUGUUUGAAUUAAGUUCAACUAGUCGUAUUCAUAGGACAUGUUAUUUAAGACAGUGGGUGAUAUCCAUCAGGACUCUUGGACAAGGGGCGCUUCUGUCGUGCAUCUAUAAUCAGUUCUACUUUUCUGAACAUAAUGAAUUAGAUCAAGAGACGUGGAAUCUCAGAGAUGAAUGGAGUAAAUUGUGUCUUGUUCUGGAGUUCGGCCUCAUUAAAAUGAUCCAGGCCAUGUGAGUCAACACUACAUGAUCAUGUUUUGUUUUGUGAGCAAUGGAAAAAACACAGACCUGUGGUAGCAUCCUGGAUCAGCAGAUCUUUGAUGAAGGUCAUACUUCUAACAAGGAUUCAUUGCUUUGUUAACAUUUGUGGACAUGCUUUUCCAUGUUCUCCCACUUUGAUGCUUGUUUCCAAACACAUCUUUCAGCCUCUGGCAAACUCAUUUUCACCGCAUUUCCAUGUUGCUCAUGAGGAAGCUUUGUCUGUUUUGUUAUCUGAAGGUUUGUAGGUACUGUUUGCACACCUUUGACUUAAAGACACUAGUGUAGCUGGCUUUCAACAUGUCCAAAUAAUGGUUCUACCCCACCGAUUUCCCAUGUAAAAUGUCAUUAUGUGUUUCUGCAAGCCGUGGAUACAUAUUAUCUCAGCAUCAUUUAUCAUUGAAGGAUCUGCUUCUUUUUUUGGCAUUUCUUGAAUAGGCAGGAGGUGAUUGGUAUGGAUGGUGGAUUUACACAAGAAAGCAGAAUUCACAUCCUGUAAGUUUCAGUUUCAGCAAUAAAAGCACUUGGGUUGCAGUUAAGAAAAGAUUAUGGUAGUCAUUGAGAAUGGGCAUUGUUUAUCACAUCUUUGCAGACUUUUCCUGUAUUAAGCCAAGCCCUGGCGUCUGUCCCUCAUGCUAAAAGGGUGCUUUCAGUGCCGAAACCUACCACAAAAAGUCUGAUAACGGUGUUGUUUCUUAGACACGUGAUUGUUAUUGUAACAUCAUUCUAAUUCCAUGAGAAUGCCAAAAACACCAUCAGUGGUUAAAUCAUUACAAGCUGUAUGUACAUAUAUCUAGAAACACUGAUAUGAAACAGAUAUUUGAUCCAGAAACAUUGAGAUAAUGCAUAUCUGUGGUUUGCAGAAAUGCAUAAUAGAGCUGAACAAUUGGGAAAAAAACAAAAUCAUAUUGUGACAGAUAUUGUGAUUGUGAUAUGAGUCAUGGUUUUAGUAGGAAAUGUAAUUUUUGCAUUUCAUUUUCCACUGAGAAAAACAUUGAUCAUUCAACCUUUUACUCAAUAGCAUUAUUUUUUUGUAGUGUUUCAUAAUGACAGCAUCAGAAAAUAGAGAUUGACAGUGCUGUGAAUGACGCCUGACCUCCUACCUGUAGGAGAUUUACUGUAAUGUUGUCAUUGUAUAUUUCUGCAUACCAUAGAUGCAUAUAAUUUCAAUGUUUCUGAACCAAAAAUAUGGUCUUUUUAGGGAAUAGAAAAAGGAUAUCAUCCAGCAUCUUUGAAAUUACGUAUGUGCUUGUUGCAAAUGUAUAGUGACAAAUUAAAUAUUGUUUAUGGAGAUGUUUAACCACUGAUGCAAUUUGGUUAGGGUCAGGAAAGGAUACAGGAGCUUGGUUCAAUACAGAAAAAUUCUGCAAAGAUGUGACAGAAAAAUUAUUCAAUGUGUUUAUUAAGACUUACACUCUUUACACCCAAAAUGCACCUAUAUGCGAAAAAAAAUUGCAAGAGUUAAGAUGUAAAUUCCACUCUGGUUUCCAAAUGCGGGUUUUGUAUCAUCUCCUACCUAGUGAGGAAGGUAAAAAUGACAAUGUAUUUUUAUACUAUAUGUAUCAAUGUUUUGCAGAAAAUAAAAAAUGACAACACUUUAUUUAAAACCUGCAAAAGUAUAAAGAGCCAAAGUCCAGCCCUAUGGGACCUGAAUGACUAGCAGUCAAAGGUGAAAGACAAAUCCUUUUUUGAUUCUGUUUGAGGUUUACCGCUCACCACACACACACGCCACACAAAAUGUUGCAGUUUGUGGUAAAGUUAGUGAAGUAGAAUCUCGUUUUGUGUGGAAGCAGCUCAGUGGACUGGAUGUCACACAUGAUUAAUAUCACCUAAAUCACACCAGCCUUUAACUUGAGGUGAAAAAGUAGAGAAA